AUGGCGGAAUUCGACAACAACAUGGACUUGGCGGUGAAAACUAGACCAAGCCCUAAAUCCAGCCCCACCUCCUCUGCCACCUCCUUCUUCCACCGCUCUUUUACAAUUCAGUCGGCUAGAGCUACACCUAAACCUUACGUUCCAUCCCCUUCAAGAUUCACCAGCUCCUUCGAAUCCAUGAAGGGCAAGGUUAGAGUGCUCCGGAACAUGUUUGAAGCAUCCAGGGCUCCCAAAGUCAAACCGGAUGAAUCACAACAACAAUCCCAUAUCAAGUUAGUCUCGCAUAAAUCAAUGGGGGCUGACCAUAAUCGGUACUCUUACAUCUUCAGCGGCAAAUGGGUACCCUUGUUGCCAGGUACAGAGGAUAGAAUUGUGGUUUAUUUUACCAGCUUGCGUGGGGUGAGGAGAACCUUUGAUGAUUGUUAUACUGUUAGGAGGACCUUUAGACAGUUUAGGGUUUGGGUUGAUGAGAGGGAUAUCUCCAUGGAUACGGCUUACAAAAAGGAAUUGCAUAGUGUGUUUGGGGAGAAGGGUGUGACAUUGCCGCAGGUGUUCAUUAGAGGGAGGCAUGUAGGUGGUGCCGAUGAUAUUCAUCAAUUGCUGGAGACCGGGGAAUUGACCAAACUUCUUGAUGGGUUCCCACGAAGGGAGCCUGGUUAUGUUUGUCAAGGUUGUGGAGAUGCGAGGUUUGUAACCUGUGGAUUUUGUAAUGGUAGUAGAAAGAUCUUUGACGAUGAGGAGGAGUUCUCCAAGCGGUGUUUAGCAUGCAACGAGAAUGGGUUGAUGAGGUGCCCCGAGUGCUGCUCAUAA